GACCGCGCGUCCGCUCGCCCCGCAACUUCACCCGGCGCCGCGGCAGCUGGAGCGACGCCUGAGCGCUGGGGCCACGACUGUCGUUCGCGGCCCUUUCCCUAUCGGCUGAAGGAACGGGCGAGCAGCGGCUGUCCACGGAGCCAGAGGUGCAGGGCAGCGAGGGGCGGCCCGUGGGUGCCGAGGCGGUACAUGCCACCCGGCACUAAGCGUCUCCGGGCACCAGGAGCGUUCUCUGCAAGGCUGCCAACCAGACUCCCCGAAAUCAUGCUGGUGGGAUCCCAGUCCUUCUCGCCUGGAGGGCCCAAUGGCAUCAUCCGGAGCCAGUCCUUCGCAGGUUUUAGCGGCCUGCAGGAAAGGCGAUCCAGGUGUAACUCCUUCAUCGAAAAUGCUUCUGCUCUCAAGAAGCCUCAGGCCAAGCUGAAGAAAAUGCACAAUUUAGGGCACAAAAAUAACAACACUCCUAAAGAGCCUCAGCCGAAGAGGGUGGAAGAGGUCUACAGGGCUCUGAAAAAUGGACUUGAUGAGUACCUGGAGUUUCACCAGACGGAGCUGGACAAGCUGACCGCUCAGUUAAAAGAUAUGAAAAGAAACUCUCGCCUGGGUGUGCUGUAUGACCUAGACAAGCAAAUUAAAACAAUUGAAAGAUACAUACGACGCCUGGAGUUUCACAUUAGUAAGGUAGACGAGCUUUAUGAAGCCUAUUGUAUCCAACGGCGCCUCCAAGAUGGUGCCAGCAAAAUGAAGCAAGCAUUUGCGGCAUCCCCUGCCAGCAAGGCUGCCCGAGAGAGUCUGUCAGAGAUCAACCGCAGCUACAAGGAGUACACAGAGAACAUGUGCACCAUUGAGGCGGAGCUGGAGAGUCUUCUGGGAGAAUUCUCCAUCAAGAUGAAAGGUCUGGCUGGCUUUGCUCGCCUCUGUCCUGGAGAUCAAUAUGAAAUUUUCAUGAAGUAUGGCCGGCAAAGGUGGAAGCUGAAGGGCAAAAUAGAAGUGAACGGCAAACAGAGCUGGGACGGAGAAGAAACAGUCUUCCUGCCCCUCAUAGUUGGGCUCAUUUCCAUCAAGGUCACAGAACUCAAAGGACUGGCAACUCACAUCCUGGUAGGCAGUGUGACCUGCGAGACCAAAGAGCUGUUUGCAGCCCGACCCCAGGUGGUGGCUGUUGACAUCAAUGACCUUGGUACCAUCAAGCUGAACCUGGAAAUCACCUGGUAUCCCUUUGAUGUGGAGGACACAACCCCGUCAUCAGGCCCUGGGAACAAGACCAUUGCUCUCCAGCGAAGGAUGUCCAUGUAUAGCCAGGGCACCCCAGAAACACCUACCUUCAAAGAUCACUCCUUCUUUUCAAAUCUGCCAGAUGACAUCUUUGAAAAUGGAAAGGCAGCAGAGGAGAAAAGGCCACUGUCCCUCAGUUUUAGUGACCUGCAGGACGGAGACUGUGUCUUCACCUCCAGCUCGGCCACCUCACCCUCCAGUUCACACUCAGCCCAUCCAGAGAUUACCAUCACCCCUGCCGAGCUCACCCAUGGCAGCCUGUCCUCACAGACUGAGGGCACGGAGGACAGCAGCUCCUCAUCUUCCAGGAAUUCCCUGGGUGAGGACCAUGAGCCAAAGACCCCUGCAAAAAGGGAGGUGGUAGAGCCCCGGAAGCCCGGUGUGGCCGCAGGGUCGGGCGCAAAGAGCCUGUCCCUGGAAAGUAGCGUUGCCGAGGCUCUCCUGCAGGAAUCAGAUGAGACCUCUGAGCUCAAGCCUGUGGAGCUGGACACGUUUGAAGGAAACAUCACCAAGCAACUAGUGAAGAGGCUCACCUCAGCCGAGGGGCCCGUAGCCACGGAGAAGCUUUUCUUUGAAGGCUCUGUUGGUAGCGAGUCUGAGGCUGGCCGCUCCUUUCUUGAUGGUAGCCUGGAAGAUGCCUUCAAUGGACUCUUCCUUGCACUAGACCCACACAAGGAGCAGUACAAAGAGUUCCAGGAUCUGAACCAGGAAGUCAUACACUUGGAUGAUGUCCUCAAAUGCAAGCCAGCAGGCAGCCGCAGCAGAUCCUCCAGCUUAAGUCUGACAGUUGAGAGUGCGUUAGAAAGCUUUGAUUUCCUCAACACCUCUGACUUUGAAGAGGACGAGGACAGGGAUGAGGCCUGCCACAUCGGAGGAGGAGCAGACUCUGUGUUUUCAGACACUGAGACCGAGAAGCCUGGUUACAGGUCAGUGCACUCGGAAGCCAGAGGCCACCUUAGCGAAGCUCUGACUGAAGACACAGGCGUGGGGACCAGUGUGGCAGGAAGCCCGCUCCCACUGACCACAGGAAACGAGAGCCUGGACAUCACCAUUGUCAAACAUUUACAGUACUGCACCCAGCUCGUCCAGCAAAUCGUCUUCUCCAGUAAAACCCCCUUUGUGGCAAGAAGUCUCCUGGAGAAGCUAUCGAGGCAGGUCCUCGUGAUGGAGAAGCUGGCAGCAGUGAGCGACGAAAACCUAGGGAACAUCACCUCUGUGGUGGAAGCCAUCCCAGAAUUCCACAAAAAGCUGUCCUUGCUGUCCUUCUGGACCAAGUGCUGCAGCCCAGUCGGGGUCUACCACAGCUCUGCCGACCGAGUGAUCAAGCAGCUGGAAGUCAGCUUCGCCAGAACUGUCAACAAAGAGUAUCCAGGACUGGCAGAACCAGUGUUUCGAACACUGGUGUCCCAAAUCCUGGACUGCUCCGAGCCUCUGCUGUCGUCCAGCCUCUGCUCAGAAGUCAUCACUGUGUUCCAGUAUUACAGUUUCUUUACCAGCCAUGGUGUGAGUGACCUGGAGACUUACCUGAGCCAGCUGGCCAGGCAAGUUGCCGUGGUUCAGACGCUGCAGUCCCUGAGAGAUGAGAAACUGCUGCAGACAAUGAGCGACUUCACACCCAGCAGCCUCCCGGCCCAACAGGAAGUGCUUAGGACCCUGGCUCUUCUGCUCACCAGAGGCGACAAUGAGGUCAGCGAGGCUGUGACCCUCUACUUGGCAGCAGCCUCCAAAAACGAGCACUUUAGAGAAAAGGCCUUGCUCUAUUACUGUGAAGCACUGACAAAGACCAAUCUCCAGCUACAGAAGGCAGCAUGCCUGGCCCUAAAGAGCCUGGAGGCCACCGAAAGCAUUAAAAUGCUAGUGACAUUGUGCCAGUCUGACACUGAAGAAAUCAGAAACGUGGCCUCGGAAACCCUCUUGUCUCUUGGAGAAGAUGGGCGGCUGGCAUAUGAACAGUUAGACAAAUUCCCUCGAGACUGUGUUAAAGUCGGAGGUCGUCAUGGAACUGAAGUUGCCACAGCCUUCUAAAUUUCACGUUAGCACUGCCUGACUGCUGAACUGAUACUUGGCCCUCGUCACGAGGGUGCUGUGAUGUGGCCGGAGGGCACCUGGAACUUGCAGAGCGCCGCCCGCUUUUGCCAGCGUGGAGACCUCGAAGUCCAAUUGUGCUGUGCCGGCUACUUUUCCUUGGCCCACAGAACAGGGCUGUGUGUAGCUCACCAGACCACAUCGUAUUGUGUCUGACAGCACUUCAAAGCCCAUCUUACGUCACUGUGGAAUUUGGAAACAGCCAUCUUUGCCCCUGUUUGGAAGUUCAUCUGUGAGCUUGAGCUCUUGAGGCACUCUUUGGAUAAGUAUCAUAUACCUUGCCCCUUUUCUGCUGUGUUCUCGGGGGGCCGUGGUCCUUUAGCUCCCUACUUUUACUUUAAAAACAAAGCACAAAAGGAAAUUCCUUCAGAUCAGUUCUAAGAGGCUAAGGUUUGGAGCUGAGGCUGUAGCUCCCUUGGCAGAGUGCUUGCCUAGCAUGCACGGAGCCUGGGCUCAUCUCCAGCACCGCAUAGGCUGGAUGUGCUCCUCACAGAAGCUCAGUGCUCCAAAACUGGAGGACGUAGGAUCAGAAGUUCAAAGUCAUCCUCAACUACCCAGGGAGUUCCAGGACAACCUGGGAUACAUGAAGCCAUGGCCGGGGAGGUGCAACCUGAGUUGUAUAUCUUAGCUUUUUAUAGUUCCUACUAUUCGUUUCAUUUUUCCAUCCUGAGAAUUUCCACAUCAUCUAUCCGUAUGGCUUAAAAGAGUAAUUGAAAAGUACUGCUUCAUUAAGAUCGUACCUAUCCUACUGGGAAUACACAAAAGCCUUGAAGCUUAGGCCUUUAUCCUUUAACAAAAGCCAUCUUUAGCGCACUCUUGAUUUUUUUUAUUGUUAUUUGGUUUUUGUUUUAUCUUGAGACAGAGUCUCCCUAUUGCAGUACUGACUGGCCUGGAACUCGAUAUAUAGACCAGGCUGCCCUUGAACCUGCAGCAGUCCUCUAGCCUCUGCCUCCAGAGCUGGAAUUAUAGACUCAAGCCACGAGGCCUAGUUCCACAUGCGUACUUUUUCCCUAAGACAAAUACAAACCCCAGCAGUAUAGAUUCAAAAAGACGUGUGCUGUUCUUUCAGGCGGGAACCUAGACUUUGGAUGAGUCCUAACUGGGUAGAAUAGUGGGGUCCCGGACGUGGCGGGAGCCUGAGUCGCACCUGGCCUUGAGCUAUGAAAACUGCUCCAGAGCUUCAGCAGCGGCUCAGAACCAGGGUGGAGACUCAGCCAUUUACUAAGUGUGGAAGGGGAGGGUAAUGCCAAGACAUCACAGCAAAAUGUGUGAGUGCAAUUUAAACUGUAUCCUGGAUGUGUUUGUAUGAAAUACCAAUUAGAUAUAGUUUCAAUAUAUGCAUUUUAGUGAGACUUUUAAAAGGGUUCAUUUCAUUUUAAAGUGAAGGUUGUUUGCCAGGCUUCUGGCAACACAUUCUUUCAACUGUGAAGUUCCACUGUACAUAUUUGUAUAUUUGUAAAUAUUAUAUAUAUGCAUAUAGCCUUCAUUUUAAACUGUACAGUUAUAGUAUGUAUAGGCUAUGGUCUCCGUUAAAUGGUUGAAAUGUCUCUUUUAUAGGAAGUCAAAUCACAGCUAUUACAGGGAUUUUGUUUGGUUUGUUUGGAAUUUUAAACUUUGACUAUUGCAUGGAUAAUUAAUUUCACAUCUUUUUAUUCACCUCUGUGUUUAGUUUUGGUUGGGAAAGUGCUUUGAGUUUUGUGGUAUUUGUAUUUAUCACUCUUUCAAUCAUGUAAGUCAAAAUAAAAAUUAUUUUUAAUUACUA